AUGGAUCGCAAAUUUCUCCUGACGGUUACAUUGAUCUGCAUUGUCUUCUCCGGCGUUAAUGGCCAAUCUCCCACCCCUUCUCCGACCAUUUCUCCUUCAACAUCCAAAGCUCCCGCCAUUAAACCAUAUUUUCCGUCGCCGGACUCCACUCCCACGGCGAGUCCGGUAACGUCCCCCUCCAUCGAAGCUCCUAAAUCUUCUGCUCCUUCUCCUACACCUGAGAUAUCUCCGCCGGCUCCUUCGCCGGAGACUGAUUCUCCUCCUGCUCCUUCACCGGAGACUGAAACUCCCGCACCGUCAUCCGACGUCCCGGCUCCAGCUCCAGCUCCGAGCGAACAUAAGAAGACGAAGAAGCACAAGAACGCGCCGGCUCCAGCUCCGGAGCUUCUAAGCCCGCCUGCUCCUCCCAUGGAAGCUCCUGGUCCUGGACCUAGCGACGCUUCCGCUCCCGCCGCCGACGAUCAGAGCGGAGCAGAAAGAAGAAAUGUGUUAGUGGGAGCUGUGGCAAUCGCGUGGGCUCUCAUCGCUAUGGCCUUCUGA